AGAGAGAGAGAGAGACAUAUUUUAGUGCCACAUACUCAGUGCCUUAGAUUCUCUUAUUAGCGGACAGAGAGGAUUGCUGCAGCGGAGAAAGCAUUUUCGAUUCAGCAGCACCUUGUUGAUAUAAUAACUAUACAUAUAAAGUAUGAUAUAUAAUAUAAGAUAAUAUAAGAAUGUGCACGUUUGACUUAAUUGCGAGGGUUUGUUUUUGCAGAUGUGAACACAGACGCGGAUGUGCCGGGGUGUCCGUAUUUUGUGGCUGUAGCUGCAGGUCAUGUACGCGUAUAUCUCCGCAGUAGGUAUAUUACACGUAUUUGCCGGUAGGUGUUUUUGUAUGUAAACAGUCAGUUGCAAGAUACAGCAAAGCGGCUUUGUGGAUAUCGUUUUAACAACAGGCAUCUGCGUGUGGUGCCGCCCACAACGCGAAUUCGGGUCAGUUCGCCAAAGACACCCCCACUUAACGUGUUCAAUUCACGCAGGGCCGCCACGGUGCACAGAUAGCAUUCGUGUGUGUUUAUAGGAAUUGAAUAAACGAAUCUGGACGCACAAUGAUAACGAGAACCUGCACCCCAGAGGAAAACAAAACACAGUAAAUGUUUGGAGCGCAGAAACGAUUGGGAAGCGGAUAUGGAUUCUGUAUCACGCGUCCUCAGUAGAGUUUCUCGUUAGUUUCACUUAUUCAGGAUUUGAAGAAUAUUGUAUAUAUUUUUUUUAUUAUUAUCUGAAACUCUGAUUUGUUUUGUGGUGUUUUUCCGGGUUUUUUUUUGGACUCGCUUGUACGUUUUGUUUUGUUCUGUUUUUGUGUGUUUACACUCCGUUUGCUUGGAGUUCUGCUUCCCUCACCCCGGCCCGGAUUUUUUUUGGCAAAUGUGCUGUAUGUCGCAGAAUUAACGGGGUUACUUUGGGAUAGUGCCAAGUUCACGACUGGACUUGGAGACAGCCGACAACGAAUCAAGCGGCCCCGGCCGGCACCAUGGACGACUCCGGUAUCAUUCGUCGGAGAAGGCUUCAGAAGGACCUGCCCUUGCCGAGGAAAAGCAGCAGUUGUCGAACCAGCAAUCGUAAGAGCCUCAUUCUGACAAGCACCUCCCCCACGCUGCCCCGCCCACACUCCCCUCUGCCAGGGCAUAUCGGAAGCAGCCCGUUGGACAGCCCCCGAAACUUCUCUCCCAGCACCCCAGCCCACUUCUCCUUUGCCUCCUCGAGAAGGGCGGAUGGGCGACGCUGGUCUCUGGCUUCUUUACCUUCAUCGGGUUAUGGAACCAACACCCCCAGCUCCACUGUAUCGUCCUCUUCCUCGUCCCAGGAGCGUCUCCACCAGCUUCCCUUCCAGCCCACGAUGGACGAGCUGCACUUCCUGUCGAAGCACUUUGGCAGCACGGAGAGCAUCACCGAUGACGACGGGGGUCGAAGGUCGCCAGCCAUGCGCCCUCGCUCUCGCAGCCUCAGCCCAGGGCGAUCUCCCUCCUGCUAUGACAAUGAGAUAGUGAUGAUGAACCAUGUGUACAAGGAGAGGUUCCCAAAGGCGACGGCUCAGAUGGAGGAGCGGCUUGCAGAGUUCAUCGCGCUCUUCUCCCCGGAGAGCGUCCUCCCCCUGGCCGAUGGGGUCCUCAGCUUCAUCCACCACCAGAUCGCAGAGCUGGCCAGGGACUGCCUGGACAAAUCGCACGAGGGCCUCAUCACCACGGUAUACUUCUUCGAGCUGCAGGAGAACCUGGAGAAAAUGCUGCAGGAUGCCUAUGAGCGCUCGGAGAGCUCGGAGGUCACCUUCGUCACCCAGCUGGUUAAGAAGCUCUUCAUCAUCAUCUCCAGGCCAGCACGUCUCCUCGAGUGCCUGGAGUUUAACCCGGAGGAGUUUUAUCACCUGUUGGAAGCAGCGGAGGACCACGCCAAAGAGGGACACCUGAUGAAGACGGACAUCCCACGAUACAUCGUCAGCCAGCUGGGACUGACUCGGGACCCUCUGGAGGAAAUGGUGAAUCUUGAGAGCUACGACAGUGAGGGUCCCAACACCCCCGAGACAGACGACACCGUUGAGGGACAAGUAAAGACGAUGAAACCGCCCAGCGAAGGCGACUUUCAGACUAUUAAACUCAUCAGCAACGGAGCGUAUGGCGCUGUUUAUCUGGUCCGACACAACGACACCCGGCAGCGCUUUGCCAUGAAGAAAAUCAACAAGCAGAACCUGAUCUUGAGGAACCAGGUCCAGCAGGCCUUCGUGGAGCGAGACAUCCUGACCUUCGCGGAGAACCCCUUCGUGGUCAGCAUGUUCUGCUCCUUCGAGACGCGGCGCCACCUCUGCAUGGUCAUGGAGUACGUGGAAGGAGGGGACUGCGCCACUCUGCUGAAGAGCAUUGGUGCCCUGCCGGUGGAGAUGUCCAGCCUCUACUUCGCUGAGACGGUGCUGGCUCUGGAGUACCUGCACAAUUAUGGGAUUGUCCAUCGAGACCUCAAACCGGACAAUCUUUUGAUCACGUCAAUGGGGCACAUCAAGCUGACCGACUUCGGGCUGUCCAAGAUGGGUCUGAUGAGCCUGACCACCAAUCUGUACGAGGGGCACAUCGAGAAGGAUGCCAGGGAGUUUCUGGAUAAGCAGGUGUGCGGGACCCCAGAGUACAUCGCCCCGGAGGUGAUACUGAGACAGGGCUAUGGGAAGCCAGUGGACUGGUGGGCGAUGGGCAUCAUCCUGUACGAAUUCCUGGUGGGCUGUGUGCCCUUCUUUGGUGACACCCCCGAGGAGCUGUUUGGACAGGUCAUCAGUGAUGAGAUCGCCUGGCCGGAGGCUGACGAAGCUCUCCCUCUCGACGCCCAGAACCUCAUCUCCGCUCUGCUCCAGCCCAACCCGCUGCUCCGAGUGGGGACCGGCGGCGCUCACGAGGUGAAGCAGCAUCCCUUCUUCAAGGACCUGGAUUGGAACAGCCUGCUGAGACAGAAAGCUGAGUUCAUUCCUCACCUGGAGUCUGAGGAAGACACCAGCUACUUCGACACGCGAUCGGACCGGUAUCAACACAUCAAUUCAUACGAUGAAGACGACACUAACGACGAUGAGCCAGUGGAGAUCAGACAGUUCUCUUCCUGUUCCCCCAGAUUCAGCAAGGUGUACAGCAGUAUGGAGCAGCUCUCCCAGCUUGAACACAAGCCCCCCACAGUCACCAAGCGGGACCCCAAGAAGCACAGAGACGACAAGGUGACCAAGCGAGAGAGCCUGGGCAGCUUCGGGGUGCGAGAGAAGCAGUGGAGGACCAGCUCUCCGGAGAUGAAGCGGCUGUCUGCCUCAGAGUCUUCAUUCACAGAGAGCGACUCCAGCCCACCCCUGGCCGUCCGCCGUCGCUUCUCCGCCCUCAUGGACACGCACCGCUUCGCCUCCCCACUAGAGGGAGACCCUGAGCCGCGGCUCAAACAGACCCAGAGCAAACCCGCCCCAGAGGGAGGGGCUUCCGCCGCCGGCAGCCAAUCGGAGCAGAGACCGCCCACGGAAGGCAACGGGGCCGCUGCAGUGGUCCCUGGGGACAAGUCCCCGCGGAGUGGAGAGACUCCCUCAGCUCAGAAGGAGGGCCCCAGCCCCUCUGAGCCCUCGGCGGCUCGCGCCACCAACGACCUGGUCCUGCGAAGAGCCAGACACCAGCAGCUCUGCGGAGACUCGGCUGAGAAACGGACCUCGAGGUCGGGCACCAAGGUCAUCAAGUCGGCCUCCACCACCGCGCUCUCCGUCAUCAUCCCCGCAGUGGAGCAGCACAGUGGGUCCCCUCUGGCCAGCCCCAUGUCCCCUCGCUCGCUCUCCUCCAACCCCUCGUCCCGCGACUCCUCCCCAAGCCGGGACUACUCCCCGGCCGUCAGCAGCCUGCGCUCCCCCAUCACCAUCCACCGCUCUGGGAAGAAAUACGGCUUCACCCUGAGAGCCAUCCGCGUCUACAUGGGAGACAGCGACGUGUACAGCGUGCACCACAUCGUCUGGCACGUAGAGGAGGGAGGCCCCGCCCAGGAGGCGGGACUCUGUGCCGGUGACCUCAUCACGCACGUCAACGGAGAGCCCGUCCACGGAUUGGUUCACACAGAGGUCGUGGAGCUUAUUCUAAAGAGUGGGACUAAGGUGACAGUGACAACCACUCCCUUCGAGAAUACCUCCAUCAAAAUCGGGCCGGCCCGCAAAUCCAGCUACAAAUCCAAGAUGGCCCGGCGCCACAAGAAGACGGUGGCCAAAGAGGGACAAGAGAGCACAAAGAAACGCAGCUCUUUGUUCCGGAAGAUCACCAAGCAGUCGAACCUUCUUCACACGAGCCGCAGCCUGUCCUCCCUGAACCGCUCCCUGUCCUCCAGCGACAGUCUGCCGGGCUCCCCGACUCACAGCCUGUCUGCCAGGUCCCCAACACAGAGCUUCCGCGCCAGCCCCGACGCGGCGUACCUCGGUGCCUCUUCCCAAAGCAGUUCUCCCGCCUCCAGCACCCCAAACUCUCCCGCUGCCUCCCACCACAUGCGUCCCAGUAGCCUGCACGGGCUGUCCCCCAAACUGCACCGGCAGUACCGCUCCGCCCGCUGCAAAUCCGCUGGCAACAUCCCCCUGUCCCCGCUCGCCCACACCCCGUCCCCGACCCAGUCCUCUCCCCCGCCCCCGCCGCUCCCGGGACACACCGUCGGAAGCUCCAACACCACCCAGACCUUCCCUGCCAAGCUGCACUCCUCCCCGCCCGUGGUGAGGCCGAGGCCCAAGAGCGCCGAGCCCCCCCGCUCCCCCCUGCUGAAGCGGGUGCAGUCCGCGGAGAAGCUGGGCGGCCCGCUGCUCUCCGAGAAUAAGAAAGUGGUGCUGCGCAAACACAGCCUGGAGGUGUCCCACUCAGAGUACCGCAAGGAGUCUUUCCACAGCGAGCUGGGGCUGCAGAGCUUGCUGGAAUCGGAGGGGGAGAACGUCGGCCCCUCGUCGUCCUCCUCCUGCGAGAUCGGGACUUUCAAGCAAGUGGCGGUGCGAAAGAUCGGCCGGCAGGAGUCUCCGCUCAGCAGGGAUGCUCUGAUGGUAGGAAGAGCCUCGGAAAAGACUUCGGAAAAGGCUUUGGAAAAGACUUCGGAAAAGACUUCAGAAAAGGCUUUGGAAAAGACUUCGGAAAAGACUUCAGAAAAGACUUCGGAAAAGGAUUUGGAAAAGACUUUGGAAAAGACUUCAGAAAAGGAUUUGGAAAAGACUUUGGAAAAGGCUUCGGAAAAGACUUCGGAAAAGGAUUUGGAAAAGACUUCGGAAAAGACUUCGGAAAAGCCUUUGGAAAAGACUUCGGAAAAGGCUUUGGAAAAGGCUUCAGAAAAGGCUUCGGAAAUAUCAGAUGGAAGGAUGGGGCAGGAGAGAAGCAGGGAAGCAAGGUCCAGCACUCCCACGGUUCCCGGCUUAAUUCCUUCAAAAGAAGACGCUAGGCCACCCUCGACAUCCAAGGAAGCUAAGCCGGGAGAGCCAAAGAAAUCACCCAGCAGGGAGCUUCCAAAGCUGGAAGGAAUGAUGGCUGGCCACCCAUCGGAAAGUGGAAGUCCUGGGUCAAGCAAGACUGGAGGGGAUGUUCAAAGAUCUGGGCAGAAAAGCACCCCGUCCAGUACCCCGGUUCUCGGGACGUCCAAGUUAGAGACCGCUAGCAAAGGCUGCGGACCCAAGACCCCGGAGAAAGUGGAGGAGAGCAGGAAGUCCGAUCCCACGGACAGGAAGCACCAAGAGGUGCAGACUGAUGCCCCCACCUUUAUUGGCGCCAGGAGUCAGGAUAAAAGCGUCCAGCCGGAGGCAAAGAAAGAGAGUCCAGAGUCUCCCAAAGGACCCCCUCAGACUGGCGCCACAGUUCAAGGCAAGACUGGACCGGUACCAGUGGUGAUAGAACCGGUGCUGAGAAAAGAGGGGCAGAAGAGCGAGCCCGCUGCUUGCAAGACAAGUUUGGAUCCGAAGACAAGCCCGGUUGUGACGAGUCAAAGCCAACCGAAAAGACCGGACUCUGUGGUCAAGGAUGCAGCGAUGGCAAACUGUUUGAGAGCUCCGGAGAAAAAGGAGAAAUGGUUCCUGGAAGUGGUGGAAGAACAUACCACUACCAUCGCUCCUCAGAGCAAACCGCGGCCUGUUUCUCCAGGGGAGAAAUCCAGUUUCGUCACCCAGCUGGCGACCGUGGCCAAGAACGUCCUGUCGCCAAUUAAAAUGAGCUCCGCCGGGCCGGAAGGACUCAAGGGAAAAGACAGCCCCAGAUCUGCAGAGGAGAAACGGGGGAGCUUUCCAGGAAAGGCUGAGGCUGCGUCCGGGAGCAGGCCGGUUACCUUAGCGACGGGCCUAGUGGGUGCGGCGCAGCCUGACAAAACCGAAAGCUCCCCUAAAUAUCAUUAGCAUUUCUCACUUUAGCAAGGGAAGGACUUACAAAUCAAAUGCCUUUUGAAGUUAGAAAACGAUGCAAAGUGUGUGGCGUACAAGAGAUGGGAGAGAGAGAAAGUAUCAUUUAAAAGAGAUUAAAAAAACAAAACAUGGUUGUAAAGGUGCUUCUGUGGCUAUUUUCAAUCAUAUGUGUGUAUAUAUAUAUAUAUAUAUACACACACAAGCCAGCGCUUCACGAUAUGCAUAUAAAUGAUAACUUCCAUCCGAAUGCAUGAUCCGUAUGAGAAAAAUAAGUGCUUUACACACCAACAAUGCUAAAUACUGUGAACAGCCUAAUCUGAAGUGACACUGGUUCCCAAUGUGAAACGGUGUGGACCUUUUCGAUUUUUCUUUGAAUAAAGUCUUGAAAGAGGCAGGACAAUAUAACUUUUUUUUUUUUUUUUUUUUAAUCUAAGUUUUUUAUGCAAACACGAAGAAGGUCUCGUUGCCUGUCCCAGUUUGUUAACCAGCAGCAGUGUAGAUGACUUUGUAGAUCUUCAAGCCAUGUUGCAGAUCAGCACACAGCUGACCUGGCUGCACCAAUAGGAUUACAGCUGUGGACAAAUGUUUUGCAUCACCUAGAAUUUUAGGAUUGAGCCAUCAUUGAAUAUAUAUAUA